GGACGGAGUAGAGGAAAAGAAUGCCCCUAGGCUUACAGCAUCACCUUCCACACGUUAAAUCCCAUUGGCAGCCUUUUUUGACUUGCUGAUCUUGGUACACUGAGAGGUGGCUUCUAGGUUACCAUUCCAUCAUCUGACGAAUUCCUCAACUUCAUUCUUUCACUGUCUUGAUACUCCUUGAUAGUGAAGCUUGAGAGCUCGGUGUUUCCUUUAUCUUGAUAUGAAGCUAGAGGUCACUUUUAGCUACAGUGGAAGUGAUGGUUCUACUGCUGAUCUUGUGAUCCAUCCCCAUGAAACAAUUGGAAACAGUUCCUGGAAAUAAGACUUUCACAGUAAGGUUCUCCAUCUGUCAAUUUCUUCUCGCAACUUGUUUCUGCAUCAAUCCGAUCUAUGAUACCGUGAGUUUCCACCUCUGUUAAAAAGCCAACAUUUUUGGUGAAAACUAGGCUUCAGCAUUGAAAGAUGCCCCAAAAGUUUCUGCACAGGUUGGCUGAUGAGAACCCGGAGUUGCAGAAGCAAAUAGGAUGUAUGUCUGGUAUCUUCCAAAUUUUUGAUCGGCAACAUCUUCUGGUUGGGAGGAGCAACAGUGGUAACAGCAGUAGAACUGUGUCUCCAGGACAGAUUCAUGAUAGCAGAAAGAUUCGGUCAGAUCAUGGCACAAGUUCUCAUAAUUUGCAGGAGAAGAAACUCAGCAAAAACUUCUCAAUGGAAUCAUCAAAGACUUCAUUUUCUUCAUCAUCCUAUUCAUCAUUUUCUUCUAUUGAUUGUGACAAGUCAACCCCGAAAGAUUUUUCACCUGUUAAACGAAGUAUAUAUGCAGAGAGAUUCACAAAGAGUUCAUCAAAGUCAAAGAAUGAGUCUGAUGUGAAACAAACACAUUAUAAGCCUAAAAAUGAGCUGACAAACUCACCGAUUCAAUUUGGCAGCCAGUCUUUUGAUCUCAGAGAAGCAGUAAAAGAAUCCAUCAACAAGAAUUCUCAGGGCCUACCGGUAAAAACCUUAAUCACAGAGGAAAUGAGGCACUAUGUGUCUGAUCAAAAAGAUUCUCCACUAUCAAAUAGAAUUUCAAAGUUAAAGGAUGCAUCAUAUAGAACCAGAACUGAAGGAAAAUCACAAAUUUCGGUUGAUCUGAAUCGAUCUUUUCAGAUGCUGGACAAGUUCAAAAGUGCACCUGAGUACUUUUUAGAAGCUAAUGCAUCACCAAGAAAGCAAUGUCCGAUGAACAGCACUUCCAAUCCAGUAUCAAAGGGAUCUCCAAGAUUCUCCUUUGAUGGAAGAGAGUCAAAUUCCUUUCUGAACUCAAAAGAUGGCAAUAUGUCCACAUCCAAGCUGAGAGAAUGCCCAAGAUUAUCAUUAGAUAGCAGGGUAAGCUUGCUCAGAAGGCUCAAUACUUUUGACACAAAACAAAAUUCAAUUAUGGACAAUCUAGACCGAACUAUCAUCCAUGGGAGAGCUUCCAAGGGUUUAGAUCGUCAGCAAGAAAUGACACAUCAUAAGUGCUCGUCAAGCUUAGUUGCGAAGCUCAUGGGAGUAGAAACAAUGCCAAACUUCGACAAGGAGCAGCUGAACCUGACAAAAACAGAUGGAGGCAAAGACUAUAGUGGCUUAAAUAGGCAGAAGAAUGGUUUUUGCAUCUCCGACACAUCCACCAUCAGUCAGGAUAAUGCUUGUAAAAGUUUCAUCAGGGAACCAACCAGUCCACAAUUCAGAAUUCCUGAUGCAACACCAAGGCUACUUGAAGAAACAACUCCUAGGAGGCAUCUUGAAAUGAUGGUCGGAAAAAGGGUGGAUCACAUGAAGCAGCAGCCUGGAUAUGUCUAUAGAGAAAUUGAGGCAAGGUUGACAGAGCUUGAGUUCAAGAAGUCCAAUAAGGACCUAAGGGCUCUUAAACAAGUAAUAGAUUCCAUUCACACAAAGGGCCAUUCACCAAAGAUGGAAGAUGGACAGACUUCAACAGCUCCAGUUUGUAGCACUCCAAGUGGGAAUUAUAGGAAUGCAAGAACAGUAGAUGCUGGAUACAAGCAAAUCACCACUAGUACAGUGACCUCAGUGCCAAAAGGAAGCAACUCUCCAAGAGCUUUUGAGUCUCCCAUAGUGAUUAUGAAGCCCUCAACAUCUGUCACUAGAUCAGAGCUCUCUUCCAAUUCAGCUAUCCCUUUAGAGCACAUAAGAUCUCUUAGGAGGUUACGUAUGCAUGAUCCUGCUAAUAAGAAGACAUCUUCGACUAGUGUUGAAAUGGUAAAAGACAGAAGUCCUAAGCGCAGUUUCAGGGAACAACCUAAUUCUGAAUCUCCUUCCUCGAUCGCAAAGGGCAGGAUGGAGCACAAAUGUUCGCAAAAUACUGGUGUGAGCAUGGCACAAGUUUCAAGAAGUUCAGUAAAAAGCUUGAAUUCUAUUCAUACAAGAUUACAGAAGAAAAAGAUUGAAAACCAAGAUGGACAAAACCUUCCAGUUCCAAAAUUGGAGAAUCUCCAGAAACAUUCUGCCAAUAGAUAUUCAGGAUCAGUAUUGCCUAGAAACAGGCUCAGACAAAAACCAGCUCAUUCGCAAGUAAAUGCUCAUCAGUUCAAUGAUACUUGUCGUGAAGCAAUAAAUUUGAGUCACCAGGCAGAUGAAAUCUCUGUGAUAUCAGAUAGUAAUGGUAGCCGUGCAUCACAGAUGGACUGGUCUGUAGAGCUAAAAUUGCCAUCUUCUCAGCAAGAUAUUUCCAGUCCAUCUAGAAGCACGGAAAGUUAUUCGUUAUCAUCCUCCAAUUAUACGAAGUUCUCAUGUGGUUCAAAUCAACAAGUUUCAAGUAAACCUGUAGAAAUUUCUACCAAGCAGUCAAGUCCAAUCUCUGUUUUAGAUAUUUCAGUGCAUCGAGAUGAUCUACCUGUUUUGCCAAUGGAAGGACUUCCUAAUGAAGUUGGAGAUGAUGAUAUCCAGACUUCUGCUAGUGACAUGCAUGACAUUCCAUCACAAAACCUGAAAGCCAGAUACAGUCACAAGAGGCUCGAGAAAGUUGACAAGUUGAUUCAGAAGCUCAGACAGCUAAGCCCAGAGGAUGAUGAUGGAGCUUCCAAAACUGAUCAUAUUUCUUCAUUGUGUGAGACAAAGUGCCCAGACCAUCGCUUUGUGUAUGAGACACUACUGGCAUCUGGCAUUUUGAUGAAAGAUUUAACUUCCAAGUUGGUGACCGAAAAUCCAAUCCAACUCUGCCCUUCUUCACACCUAAUAAAUCCUGAAUUAUUCUUUGUGUUAGAGAGAACAAAAUCGCACUGGCAGACCACGCCUGAAUGCAUCAAGGAAAGCACUUGUCAGCUGAGAUCUGAUCUUGAAAAGCUAAAUCGCAAGUUGUUAUUUGAUCUAGUGAAUGAACUACUAAAACAGAAGCUCAAGCUGAGUGGUCCAGAAGCUCAAUUAUCACUAUUGCAUUGGAACCUGAUUCCCAAGUUCCCCAGUGGACAGUGCUUGGCAAAGGAACUGUGUGAUGAUAUUGAGCGUCUCAAAGCCAGGAGUUCCUCUGCCAGAAGCUGUGUAGAUGCUACUACUUCAAUCUCAAGUGAAGAUAUGCUACAGCAAUUGGAGGGGUGGACGGGCUUCUGUGAAGGGUUACCUGAAAUAGGGAUAAGCAUUGAGAGGUUGAUAUUUAGAGACCUGAUUGAGAAUCUGCUUGAUGAAGUUCUUCAUUGAAUGGAUGCAUUUAGCUUGCAAGUCAAGGCUAGCUGAAGAUGCAGGCACAUUUGCUAGAUAAGCCUAAGAUAGUGCUUGUUAUCAAAUUUUAAUGAAAGCAAAAAACAUCUCAUGGCAAGGUGAAUAUCCCAAACAUCUGAUGCAUCGGGUAUGCUUUAGAUUGAUGGGAUGUAUAAGUUCUAGCUUAAUAUUUUCUAUUUCUUUUUUAUCCUAAUCUUCUUUUUUUGUUUCUAUCCCUUAAAAGUAUUUGCAUAUAUGUGGAACUGUGAACAAAGUUACAUAGUGGUUGGUAAAA